GAGCAGGAUGAGAAGAGGAAGCAACCCCCUCACCCAACUUCACCCUCUUCUGCUCUUUCCGGUGCUGGCUUGCUUCUCCAUGCUGCACUGAGUAAUGAGGCAAAAAGCCGGCCUACGCUGCCGUGAAGUGAAAGGAGAUGGAUGUCAUGACUGUGCACUUCACAACUCACAAGGAAUGGCAGACCCAGGAGGCGGGCUCGCCGCAGCCGCUUCAAGGCCAAAGCUAGAAGAGCUUACUGCGCACGCGCAAUAGACAGCGAUGGAGCCACCAAUGGAGCCGUCCGGAGGGGAGCAAGAACCCGGAGCUGUCAGGCUCCUGGACCUGCCCUGGGAAGACGUGCUGCUCCCGCACGUCCUGAACUGGGUCCCGCUGCGCCAGCUGCUCCGGCUGCAGCGCGUCAGCCGCGCCUUCCGGGCGCUCGUUCAGCUGCACUUGGCGAGGCUGCGCCGCUUCGACGCCGCUCAGGUGGGUCCACAGAUCCCCCGGGCCGCGCUAGCCCGGCUACUGCGGGAUGCCGAGGGACUGCAGGAGCUAGCGCUGGACCCCUGUCACGAAUGGCUGUCGGACGACGACCUGGUGCCAGUAGUGGCACGGAAUCCACAGCUACGGAGUGUAGCCCUCGCCUGCUGCGGCCAACUGAGUCGCCGAGCGCUGGGGGCGCUGGCUGAGGGCUGCCCGCGUCUGCAGCGCCUUUCGUUGGCUCACUGUGACUGGGUGGACGGGCUGGCCCUGCGUGGCCUCGCUGACCGCUGCCCGGCUCUGGAGGAGCUAGACCUCACCGCCUGUCGCCAGCUCAAGGAUGAGGCCAUCGUGUACCUGGCGCAGAGACGAGGCCCCAGCCUCCGCAGCCUCUCGUUGGCAGUCAACGCCAAUGUAGGGGACACCGCGGUCCAAGAGUUGGCUCGAAACUGCCCGCAACUCGAGCACCUCGACCUCACAGGUUGCCUUCGGGUCGGAAGCGACGCUGUAAGGACUUUGGCCGAGUACUGCCCGUCGCUGCGGUCGCUGCGAGUGCGGCACUGCCACCAUGUGGCCGAGCCCAGCCUGAGCCGCUUGCGGAAGCGUGGUGUGGACAUCGACGUGGAACCGCCCCUGCACCAGGCCCUGGUGCUACUCCAGGACAUGGCAGGCUUCGCACCCUUUGUCAACCUGCAGGUCUGACUGAUUGUCCUUCAGCACAGCUGGACUGUGUAGUCGGGGCCUGACUCUGAGUGGUCGGGAAACUGAACUGCGGGGGGCCUGUGGUUGAGACCUCUGAUAUAUCCUGCUCCACCCUGGAAUUUCAAAUAAAGAGCUUUUUACCCCUU